GUUGACUGCAUGAAUCCUUUCUCGCAGGAGUUGAACCAGCUAGCUGAGUACCUUCAGGAAGCUUUACAGCGUGAACAGCUCCUGGAACAGAAGCUGGAGACACUGCAGUAUCUGCUGACACACACACAGCUCCUCUCGGACAAUGUCUGGCAGGACACUCAGGCUGAAUGCACUGAUCUGACAUUGAAAACCAGAGCCUCACUCAGAACAGACUUGGAAAUCAGGACUGAACAUAAAAUCACCAAGGUGAAGAUGGAGGGCCUGCAAAGUACGGGCAACCAGGACCUUCUCACUCUGUUGAAAGUAGAGAACACAGAAGGGGAGAGAAACGAUGGUAACGAAACUCCAGAUAGCAAAGAUACAGCCUUCCCUGAUGCUGACAUGGAGGAUGGGCUGAACAAGAAACGUCGAAGACCCACUCUACGCAAAGAGAAAAGACUUCAGGAAUCGAAGAUUCUGCGUAAACAAGCUAUGAUUAGAGAUAUGAGCGAGAAAGGUCCCCCAGAUGUAAAGGUCCUGCGUCAGCAAGCAAUUGUCCGUGAUAUAAGUGAUUGUCAGCAACUGUGGUGUUUUGCUUUUAAAAGAAGAUUGGAAGCAUAUCCAGAAAAUAUAAGCCCUUAAUAAAUAAGCUCUAGAGAAAAGUGAGCUGAGAUUGAAUAGCCCUUUUGGGAAUUUGAUCACAUUACCAUUGGAAAAUCUUUAUAAGGAUUCUGAGCGGAACCUCAAACCCAGGUCCUGUUCUUCGUUAAAACCACCACAUUACCUGUCACAAACCUUCACUGUCACUGACUACCCAUUCACCACUUCACGUCCCCCAGUCUCUCAUUCUUCUGAGCUGGAUAGUCUACUAUCCUCACUGUUGUAUCAAUGCAUAGAUUCUAGACCAGAGACAGUUAGAUGAGAUCAUGACAUUUAAUGCUCCAAUAUAAAGACCCUCACCUCAUCUUCAGCUAUCACAGUGCUAUGGGAUCAGUGAAAUAUUCAGUCAGUUAGUCAACUAUAUGUUCUGUUAGUCAUGUAA